ACUCACGAUCCUUGGCUGGCUUCCUCCAUUAGAGCUUCAGGAUCGUCACACGAGAGCGUCCAGCGUGCGAAGCAUCAUUUCCUCACAGAUAUGGCUUUCCGUCAGUCUGUCGGAUGGACGGCGGGAUCGGCUGAUUUCUGCGCGAACGCCGGAGAAAUGUUCGGAUAACUGGCAUCGCUUUUCAGGUCCAGCAUCUUUCUUCUGAAGUGCUUCAGGGAGAGUUUCGCAGCUUUGCGGUGGAAGAACUGUGUGAUGAAAACAUCAGUGAUGGAUCUCAAAGUGGAAGCUAUGGACAUUGAUUACGACCAGCCGCCUCCCCUCCAAGUGUUCGCUCACACCUCGACUCUACACGGCAUCUCUCAUAUCUUCUCCUAUGAGAAGAUCACGGCCAAAUGCUGCCUCUGGGUGGUGUUUUUCCUCAGCUCACUGACUUUUCUCAUGUACGUCUGCGUCGAUCGCAUUCAGUUCUACCUGGAGUACCCUCACGUCACCAAGCUGGACGAGAUCACGACGCCCAUGAUGGUUUUCCCAGCGGUGACGAUUUGCAAUCUCAACUCCAUCCGCUUCAGCAGGAUCACACGCAAUGACCUGUACCACGCGGGCGAGCUGCUGGCGCUGCUCAACUCCAGACAUGAGAUUCGGGACGCUCACCUGGUUGAAGAAAGCGUGAUGGAGGUUCUCAAGAGCAAAGCAGACUUUCGCUCCUUCAAGCCGCGACCCUUCAACAUGUGGGAGUUCUAUAAUAGAACAGGACAUGACAUAAAAGACAUGCUGCUCUCCUGCCAGUUCAGAGGUUCUCCGUGUCGACCCGAAGACGUCAGCGUGGUAUUCACACGUUACGGGAAAUGUUACAGCUUUAACUCGGGUAACACCGGCGCGCCGCUGGUCAGCGUGAAGGGAGGGAUGGGAAACGGCCUGGAGAUCAUGCUGGACAUUCAGCAAGACGAAUAUUUACCUGUGUGGGGAGAGACAGACGACUUGUCGUUUGAGGCGGGAAUCAAAGUUCAGAUUCACAGUCAGGACGAGCCUCCAUUUAUAGAUCAGCUGGGCUUCGGAGUCGCACCAGGAUUCCAGACGUUCGUUUCUUGCCAAGAGCAGCGACUGGUGUACCUUCCUGCUCCAUGGGGCAGCUGCAAGUCGACCCCGCCGAGCUCGGAUUACUUCAAAGCGUACAGUAUCAGCGCCUGUCGAACAGACUGCGAGACGCGCUACCUGGUGGAAAACUGCAACUGCCGUAUGGUGCAUAUGCCUGGUGAUGCGCAGUACUGCACUCCUGGGCUAUAUAAAGAAUGUGCACAUCCAGCACUAGAUUUCCUGGUGGAGAGAGACAGCGAUUACUGCUCAUGCGAGACUCCGUGCAACAUCACGCGCUACAGUAAAGAGCUGUCUUUCGUCAAGAUCCCCAGCAAAGCAUCGGUCAAAUACCUCGCAAAGAAGUACAGCAAAUCUGAGAAAUACAUAACGGAGAAUGUUCUAGUGCUGGACGUGUUCUUUGAGGCUCUGAACUAUGAAACCAUUGAGCAAAGGAAAGCCUAUGAGGUGGCUGGUCUGUUGGGUGAUAUCGGAGGACAGAUGGGGCUGUUCAUUGGAGCCAGCGUUCUUACGAUUUUGGAGCUUUUUGACUACCUUUAUGAGGUAAUGAAACACAGGUUGUGCCGCUGCUCCGACAAGAAACAUCACAACAACAACAACACUGAUCACGGCACUGUACUCGGCCUGGAUGAUGUCAAAUGUCACGUCAGUAAAUUCCAUUAACAUUCCCGCAGAAAUUCCAGCUGUUCAUGUUCUACAUUUUAGCAGAUGGCAUCACAACACCAGCACGGUUGUGUUUUCUACGGAUUGUUCUGGCAUCUUGUGGUUGUACUCUCUCUCUCUCUCUCUCUCUCUCUAUUAUGCCUGUGUGAUUUUCUAGGAUUUUUCCAAAAAUGUUUUGUGGUUAACUGAACAAGCUGCUUUUGAUUAUGUCUGUAUAGGGCAGGAAUGUCAAAAAAGUUUAAUAUUAAUUAAAUGGUUCGAUCUCUGUGUGCCUGGCCUUUUGUGACAGAAUUGCGUCCGCUAGCUUGAGGGGUUACUGUAUGUGUCAUAUUUUGUUGAUUCUGUGCAUCUUAAUGGCUAUUAUAUGGCUGUAAAUGCAUUGUGACAGGCGAUUCAUUGCACAAGGGAACACCAUUACAUGAGGGAACACCAGUC